AUGCUUCUUGCCCUGAGCUGGGCUUCUGGCCACAGCAUUGCAUCAUCCCUGUGUGAACCAGGCGAUUUGGUUGAUGUCAUUCCAGAAGGAGAACUUGGGUCUCGUGCAGGAGGAGCAGAGAGGACCCAGCGGUGUCUUCCUUGCACUGGGAAGGCUCUCAUACUGUCUUCUCUGCCACACGUGUUUUCUUCAGGUCACGACUGCUGUGAGACCGUGCGGGUGCAGCUGUGUGCUUCCAAGGACGGCCUUCCCGUGUUCGUGGUGGCCGAGCAAGACUUCCGGUUCGUCCAAGAUGAGGCGUACGAUGCAGCCCAGUUCCUGGCCGCCAGCGCCGGCAACCAGCAGGCCCUGAACUUCACCCGUUUCCUCGACCGGUCAGGACCCCCAUCUGGGGAUGUGAAUUCCCUUGAUGAGAAGGUUGCCCUGGCAUUCAGACACCUGAAGCUGCCAGCAGAGUGGAAUGUGCUGGGGACAGAUCAGACGUCUCAUGGUAAGAACUUAAACACACCAAGAACACAGACACAUUUGGGAAGACUGAGGGUCUUAAUGGCGGCUGCUUCCCUACAGUCAUUGCCCUCAAGCGUUCCACAGCGGCUGGAUGCGUCCUGCAGUUGUGGCCUCGAGGGCGUCUCUUCUCCGUCCUUCAGCGGAGCCGGUAAACUUGUUCUUGCAGAGAAAUGCCCUGAGCGGGCUGGAGCUUUACUGUGGCUGUUUUCAGUUCCCAUUUAUAGCAGAGGGUGGCACGCGGGUGACCUUGCUGCGGGUCUGGGGUCCAUAUGUGUUCUGCGUGGAGAAAGUGACCCAUCCUUCGCAAGGACUGUAGCAGAAUAACUUCUUGUCAUCCUUUGGGUAUUUAAUUAAAGACAGGGUUUUCAUUUAUUGUCUUCUGACGUUUUCUAGAGACUCUGUGGAGUUGGAGGAAAGAAAAGAUGGGGGAUUGGGGCAGGGGCUAGGGGGGAGCACCAGAGCUGUCUGGGCUUCUUUAUCCAGAGCAAUUUACCUCUUAACUUCUUUCAUCUACUGGCUCUCCGUAGAAGAGUUCAUUGAAGGAGUGGCUCCACUUUUUAAAAAAGCUCUGAUGUAGUAACUAUGCACGUUCCUCUUACUCAGAUGGGUUUCCCUGCAGAAUCAUCGUGUGGCGCAUGGCAUCUACCAGAUGUCAUGAUUUUACAUACGUAUUUAUUUAAAAAUUUUUUAAAACAUUUAUUUAUUUUUGAAAGAGAGAGAGAGAGCAUGCACUUUGGGGAGGGGCAGAGAGAGGGGGACAGAGGAUCCAAAGCAGGCUCCAGGCUCUGAGCUGUCAGCACAAAGCCCAGUGCCGGGCUCACACUCAGGAACUGCGAGAUCAUGACCUGAGGUGAAAUCAAGAGUCAGCUGCUUAGCUGACUGAGCCACCCAGGCGCCCCUAUGUACAUAUUUAGAUGAAACAGUAUAUGCUUGGGGUCCAAUAAACAUCACCCUCGUUCCCUCCUGAGUUCACAUCAAGUUGGGAAG